CGAGGAGGAGGACCGGCUGGCAGUCUCCUCCCAGGUAGGGAGCGUGUUGCCCGUCACCGCAUCCCGGCGGCCUGCGUACCUUUUCUGGCGCUGGGGCCGUGGCGCCGAGGGCGCAGACGUGAGCCUUGGAGGACCCAUCUUUGUGGUCAGGAAUUAAGCAGGGACUCAGCCGGGACGCUUGGAAGCACCUGAGGACUGAUUAAGAGGAGGGAGGGCCAGUGACAGCCCAUCUCCUGAGUCCCCGACCUCACCUGCUGCUCCAGCAGCCCCGUAGCUGAGUGGGGCCUCCAGGCCUGACUGGGACUCUCGCUGGAGAACUGACUCAGGGAGCCUCCCAGGAUGACUAUCUCGCCGGGCAACCUGAAUAUGGUGGAAAAGUCCCGGAACUUCUCGGCUGACGACUGCUUCCACUCUCGGAGCACUGUCCUGCAGGGACAGCCCUUUGGGGGUAUCCCCACUGUGCUGUUCCUCAACGUUAUCUUGUGGGUGGUCAUCGUCUUGGUUUACUCCUUCCUCCGGAAAGCCGCAUGGGACUACGGACGCCUGGCUCUGCUGAUACACAACGACAGCCUGACCUCGCUGAUCUAUGGGGAGCAGAGCGAGAAGACGUCUCCCUCGGAUAUUUCCCUGGAGAUGGAACACAGGGACAAGGGCUUCUAUUCCUGGUUUUUCAACACCAUCACCAUGAAGAACGAAGAUCUGAUUAGCAAGUGUGGAGACGAUGCCCGUAUCUACAUCAUGUUCCAGUAUCAUCUCAUCAUCCUUGUGCUUAUCCUCUGCAUCCCCUCCUUGGGCAUCAUUUUGCCCAUCAACUACACUGGAAAUGUUCUGGACUGGAAUAGUCAUUUUGGUCGGACCACCAUUGUCAAUGUCUCCACAGAGAGUAAGUUCCUGUGGCUGCACAGCUUCUUCGCUUUCUUAUACUUUGUCACCAACUUCCUCUUCAUGACUCAUCACUGUUUAGGGUUUGUGCCCAAGAAGAGCUACAAGGUCACAAGGACACUAAUGAUCACCUAUGUCCCCACGGACAUCCAAGACCCAGAGAUCAUCAUUAAGCAUUUUCAUGAGGCCUAUCCAGGGUGCGUAGUGACCAGAGUCCACUUCUGCUACGACGUCAGGACCCUGAUUGACUUGGACGAUCGGAGGCGCCAUGCAAUGCGGGGCCGGCUCUAUUACACUGCCAAGGCCAAGAAGAAGGGGAAGGUGAUGAUCAAGGUCCAUCCCUGCUCCCGGCUGUGCUUCUGCAAGUGCUGGGUUUGCUUUAAAGAGGUAGACGCAGAGCAGUAUUAUAGUGAGCUGGAGGAGCAGCUGACUGAUGAGUUCAACGCUGAGCUCAACCGCGUGCGGCUGAAGCGUCUGGACCUGAUCUUUGUCACCUUCCAGGACUCCAGGAUGACAAAGCACAUCCUGGAGGAUUACAAGUUCAUCCAGUGCGGCGUGUCGGCCCAACAGUCCUCGGUGACCACCGUCGUCAAAUCCGACCGCUGGAGGGUUGUCCUUGCCCCACACCCCAAAGACAUUAUUUGGAAACACCUGUCUGUCCGCCGCUUCCAUUGGUGGGCCCGCUUCAUCGCAAUCAACACCUUCCUCUUCCUCCUCUUCUUCUUCCUCACCACGCCUGCCAUCAUCAUCAACACCAUCGACAUGUACAACGUCACCCGCCCCAUCGAGAAGCUGAAGAGCCCCAUCGUGACCCAGUUCUUCCCCUCCCUGUUGCUCUGGGCCUUUACGGUGAUAUUGCCUCUGAUCGUCUACCUGUCCGCCUUCCUUGAAGCCCACUGGACCAGAUCAGCUCAGAAUCUGAUCAUAGUGCACAAGUGCUACAUCUUUCUGGUGUUUAUGGUGGUCAUUCUGCCCUCUAUGGGACUGACCAGUUUGGAUGUCUUUUUCCGCUGGCUCUUUGACAUCUACUAUCUGGAACAGGCAUCCAUCAGGUUCCAGUGUGUGUUCCUGCCAGACAAUGGCGCCUUCUUUGUCAACUACGUGAUCACGUCAGCUUUGAUUGGCACAGGCAUGGAGCUGUUGCGCCUGGGGUCACUCUUUCUGUACACCACCCGCCUCUUCUUCUCCAGGUCGGAGCCGGAGAGAGUCCACAUCAGAAUGAACCAGGCCAUGGACUUCCAGUAUGGGCGCGAGUACGCGUGGACGUUGAACGUCUUCAGCGUGGUGAUGGCGUACAGCAUCACCUGCCCCAUCAUUGUUCCUUUCGACCUGAAUCUAGCAUCUCAGGCCUGGGUGGGGAGCCUCGGGACGGCCGCUGAGCGUGCGUCCAUCUCCCGGCCCCCAGGGCUACUCUACCUGUGCAUGAAGCAUGUCACGGACCGCUAUAACAUGUACUACUCCUAUGCACCCACCAAACUCAACGAGCAGAUCCACAUGGCUGCCGUCCACCAGGCCGUCUUCGCACCGCUCCUGGGUCUGCUCUGGAUGCUCUUCUUCUCCGUCCUGCGGUUAGGGCCGCUACACGCCAUCACCUUCUUUUCCCUCUCCACCCUUAUCGUUUCCAUGAUACUGGCCUGCGUUGGCACUUUUCUGGGGAAGAUUCGGAAAGCGUCUGACUAUGAGCCCGAGGAGGAGAUGGAGACCGUGUUUGACCUGGAGCCCAGCAGCACCUCCUCCACGCCAACUUCCCUUCUGUAUGUGGCCACCGUGCUACAAGAGCCGGAGAUGAACCUGACCCCAGCCUCCUCCCCAGCCCGGCACACCUACGGCACCAUGAACGGACAGCCGGAAGAGGGAGAAGAGGAGAGUGGUGUGAGGGGCUUUGCAAGGGAGCUGGACUCGGCCCAGUUCCAGGAAGGGCUGGAACUGGAGGGCCAGAGCCAGUACCACUGACCAGGACCCAAGGCCUCCACCUGGCGACGCCAGCCGGGAGUGGCGGCCAGGGGAGAGCCCAGCAGGGGGAGGCAAGGAGGGUGGCCUGGACCGCCGCCCCACUAUCUCCUGCAGACUUUGGGAAGGCCCCAACGGAGCCCCGGCUAUCUGUCGGCCACGUGGAGGCCCCGACCUGCUGACCAGCUAGAACGGGAGAUGACAGGCAGUGUCGAGGGACCCCAGGAUGGGAUGGAGGAUACCGGCGAGCACCAUGUCUUGGGAGCAGGGGCUGGAGCCCUGAGCGCAGAGACUGAAGGCUGGGGGACUUCCUGGGGUCAUGGUGGAGAAGGUUCGCAUCAGGGAAGAGGCAGGAGGAAGCCCACUGAAGACUCUCUGGGGUCUUCGCCACCCUUCCACCAGCUGCCCUGCCCAAGGAGCUUCUGCUGCUGUCCUACCCUAACCCUCACUCCCAGCCCACCCCUCUCCUGCAGUCUGAGGAAGCAAAGGUAUGUGUGCUGGCCUCGCCAGCAAGACACAGACGGCCACCUCCUCCGGGUUUCCCUGCACGGGGAUCUGUAAAGAGAAAGUCUCUGCACCGGCCCGCAGGAAGGGGCAGCUGAGACCAUAGACUUAAAGGAGGCGACUGAGCCCCUUCCUAUUCCUCUGCCCCUCAUCAGAUGUCCCCAGGAGCAGCAGGGUAGAGAGCCUUCUUUCUGUUCCUGCAGGAGUAGCUGGGAUGUGGUCACGCAGGGCUCAUUAAACGGGACCUGUGUGCAUUUUGA